CUACCGGUCAUGAUCGGCCAUUUUGUUUGACCAAAGACGGUAGCCAGGAGGAUUGUGACGUUAUUCUCGUGUGAUGCUGAUGGCUGCUGGGACAGAGGUCCUCCAAACUACGGUAAAACAAGUCCAAGCAAGAGGUUCUACUACGCGGGAGAGAAAGUCUAUUACACGUGCAACGAAGGCUACACACUUAAGGCAGGUUACACUAGGGAGGUGAGGUGCAUCGGAGGAGAUAACUGGCAAUAUGACAAGCCCAGCUGCACAGUGAACCAUAAGCGUCGGCUACAAGCUGAGCUACUUGAGUUGUAUAGUUCAAGUCUUGCACCUGAAAAUGUUAUCGUCAACUUCACUGGAUCUGUGCAACUCAUUGUCGACUUGGAUGAAAAGAAGGAGCAACUUGUUGCGUCUGUUGUCGUCAAUUUCACAUGGCAAGACAGAAGACUGAGCUGGGAUCCAAAGUACUACGAUGAUAUCCCGACGUUCAGCGUUCCGGGCAAGAUAAUUUGGACUCCGACACUGCCUCUACAGAGGAAUGCUGACCCUACAUACAAUGGUCUACAAAAGGAAGUACCAGUCCGAGUGAGCAGCAAUGGCCGGGUAGAAUGGAGUGUAGAAACCCUGACCACCACCGUGUGUGAUGCAGACCCAUUCUUCUUCCCUGCAGACAACGUGGAAUGCGAAAUCUGUUUUUCUGCGUCCACGGCAAUCAAGCAAACCAUGCGAUGCCAUACAGGCAACAAGACAGACGACCAGUGCAACUCUUUUUCCAUUGCCACAACCGAAGGUGAAUGGUACAGAAAGGAUAAAAUCUUCGCCAAAGACAACAGGAAAGCGUGCUUUGUUGUUCACCUGGAGAGGAUCCCCCUGUUCCACCUCGCCACUACUAUUGGGCCCUGCAUCAUCCUGAUUGUCUUGAUGAUCAUCACAUUCAUCAUGCCCUUGGACAGAGGAGACCGUGUCUCGUUCGGAGUGACCAUUCUGCUCUCCGUGGUCGUGUCUCUUGUAUUUGUCACAGACGUUCUUCCUGUCAAGGGGGCUUUGCCAUUUUUCGCUACGCUGAUCAUCGUGUGCAUGGGCCUGAUGGGUCUGUUCACCUUUUUCACCGUUGCCAUCAUCGUUAUUCACGACCGGGAGGGCAGCCUGUCUCCGUCGGCGAAGAUAAUUUUUCUCCAUUACCUUGCCAAGAUGAUGCUGUUGGGAGAUCUAACAAAGGAGAAGCGUGCAAGUAUUGAUGAAGCUGACCUGAAUGACCCCACUGCUAUUGAGCUGACUAUCUUCGCAUUUCAAACCGAUGACAUAGCGGUGGUCAACGGCGAAGGACCCGGUGAUUGCAACGAGAGGACCAACCAGCCGGCAACGCCUCCUGGUGGUCUUUCUGAGCUGAUCUGCAGUGUGAAGGAGAUGACCAGGGAGGCAAUAAGUAUUGAGAUGGGGAAGCUGGUUAUGGCGAUUACUAAGCGGAGAGAGCAGCUUACCAAGAUCAUAGAGAAGGAGGACAAGGUGUCCGACUACAUCUUACUGGCUAAGGUCCUGGACAGGCUUUGUGUUGUCAUGUACGUUCUCAGCAUCUCAGCAGCUGUUCCAAUGACCAUGUAUCUGAGCAAGUAGAUUGCUGGCAUGUGAUAAAAACACAGUUGUGGGAUCAAACCGAAUCAUAAUAACAGCCACGACCAGUAGGCAGUUUUUAUACAAUUCAUAUUAGCAUGUCCAUAUCUGCUAUCAAUUUCUACACGUCGCGUGGUUUUAAGAUUCCUGAUGAUUAAUAUGCGACACUGUUUACGAAUUUGGAUCAAGUAUUCAAAUAUUUGACAAUUUAUAUAUAUAUAUAUAUAUAUUAACCCUUUACACCUUUUGUCAUAUCUAGAUGAUUCAUAAUUAUAUGUAAGUACCGUGUCUCAAUACUGCAUGAGGGGAUCAUAGUAUGAAAACUUGGUGUUUCAUUCCAUUUAAAUCUGAAGUCUUUCAUGUACAGAACUACCAUUUAUGAAAUAAGUUACAAAAGAACGGAAAAUGAUAUUACAGGAUUUUACUCUAUUUAGAAGAAUUUAGAGCUAUUUACAAUAAGUAUAUUAAUUUUAGUAGAUGAAAGUUACAAAAGCAAACCGAUAUUUAUUUCAAUCAUUGUUAAAAGCUGCCCAGCAAAUAAGUUAUUUAAACAUGUCCACUGACAGCCGAGCAUAUUGAUUGCAAAUUACAUCCGCACCAAUAAAGCCCCCUUUACAAAUCAAGAAUUUAGCUCGGCCGAGUUUCAGCG